UAGAAGGAAAGAGAAGCGUAUGCCCUGGGAAGUAUUCCACAAAGGAUGUUGGGUUUUUUUCUGUGAGGCCUUCCUUACCCCAGACUAAGCAAGUGAAGUAAAAAAGCUGAGGACAGAGGCCGUGUCCAGUUGAAUUCACGAUUUGGCACCUGCCAAAGAAAGCUUCUAGGACCCGACACGGGCCUGCGCUUCCCCGGGGAAGAGAGCCUUGUUCGGGGUCCGGCAAACUCCCUCCCUGGAGUCCCGCCGCCUCUUUCUUUAGGAUCAAAUACCUCCUGCAAGCCUCGGACCCUGCGUUCCCUUUCUCCCCCCACAGUGAAACCAACCUCUCCACCCACUCGGCUGGAAUUCUCUGAAAGAAGCCACGCCGGGUCUCCGGCUUUGGAGUCCCCCAUCUUCUCUGGACCAGGCUCCCCCCCCCCCCCAGUCCCCCAGGAUGCGGAAGGAGAAACUUGAUGAUGGGCACUUAAACAACUCCCUGGGUUCUCCAGUUCAAGCCGACGUGUACUUCCCACGACUGAUAGUUCCAUUUUGUGGGCACAUUAAGGGUGGCAUGCGACCAGGCAAGAAAGUAUUAGUGAUGGGCAUCGUAGACCUCAACCCAGAAAGCUUUGCCAUCAGCUUGACCUGUGGUGACUCGGAAGAUCCUCCUGCCGAUGUGGCAAUCGAACUCAAAGCUGUGUUCACAGACCGGCAGCUCCUCAGAAACUCUUGUAUCUCCGGAGAAAGGGGCGAAGAGCAGUCGGCAAUCCCGUACUUCCCAUUCAUCCCGGACCAGCCGUUCAGGGUGGAGAUUCUUUGCGAGCACCCACGUUUCAGAGUGUUUGUGGAUGGACACCAACUUUUUGAUUUUUACCAUCGUAUUCAAACAUUAUCUGCCAUUGAUACCAUAAAGAUCAAUGGGGACCUCCAGAUCACCAAGCUUGGCUGAUGGUUAAAGCGCUUCUAUUUCACAUAUGAUCAGGUGCCACAACUACAUGACUGUCUGAAAGAAGUGUCCUAGAAAGAUCUGGAGACUCAAAAAGAAAACAAAAACAAAAGACAGACUUCACUGUCUCUUCUGUGCGGUUUAAGUCCAGAAUGACAACUUCAUCUGCAGUUUGCCCAGAGGAAGAAAGACACCGAGCCACUGUGCCCGGAACAAAGUAAUACAUUUACGCUGGACUUUAUUCAGACUAAACUAAAAUGGAUGCGUGAUGAUUUGUGAUAGGUGGCAAUCAUUCAUAAUUUCAGAGCAAGAUGAUACUCAGAAACAAAAGUGCUAACGGCCUCCAACAACAGCGGCACAUCAAAUCGGUGCACCUCUGCACUCAAGUGGACUUGUGUAGCGCAACCAACAUUUUAGUCCGGGUAUUUACAGAGAAUGUAGAUUGUGCAAGGUUUGGUUUUUUUAUGUUUUCUUGGGGGUUGUUUUGUUUUUGUUUUGUUUCAUUUUUUAGGACAGCAUCAUGUUAACUCGGCUUUUUAAGCUUCCUCAGUUAUUUAUUUAUAUUCAAUGUAUGUAUCAAUGUACUAGAGAAUGAGCAAUGUCUACGAUUAUGAACUUAGGUCUGAGGGGGAAAAUUAUGUAUUCCAAGCAUAAAACAAGUGGAUCUAUACCUUAAAGAAUUUGAGCAUAUUCUCCACUCCCCUCAACUUUGACUUCUUAACAUAAAUUGCUGUAAGUGCUUUUUGGGGAAAAUUUGCAACAUUUUGAUGAAACUCCAGUUUUUGUCGAUGAUGUGAACUUCUGUUUGCAUUGCUUCUUCUCCUUCCUGUGGAUUAGCGCGGUGUGGGCUUCCUUCCAUAAGGCUAACUACUCCCUAGAUUCACAUGAUAGCUCAUUAAGUUGUUAUUAAAUUAAUGGAAAGUGUAUAAGAAGUGAUUGCAUAGACAACUUUUAAAAUAACGAUUAUAUCAGUUUUUAAUAGUGUCCUAUGAAAAUGAUUCCAGCACACUGUGUAAGGCAGAAACAAAUUGCCCCAAAUAACUGACUGGGAAAUAAUUUGUAUCAACUUAGGCAGUUAGCUCAUUGUAUAAUUUUUCUUCUGAGACCCUCCCCAGUAUCCCUAGAGCAAUGCCUUUGGAGCUUCUGAGCAAGGCACUGCCUUGCCUCUGUGUGGUUUUGCAGGAAGUAGGAUAAGGUGGGAUCCAGUGAUGUCAUCUGAGAGAUGAAGUCCCAGGGUUUCAGGUCUUUGAUUCCAGCUGAUAGCGUUCGUGCUUCCCUGCCCUUGCAGAGCUGAUCAAAUAGAAGCUGUCUGGAGGGGAGGCUGCAGGUUAUUGAUGUAUCUCAAGGGUUGGCAUGGUUGGAGUCACAGGAGUGUGUUUCACACUCUGCAUUGGUCCUGGAGAGAAGGGUCCUUGGCAUUGCUUUGGCCAGUUGUGGGAGAAGAAAGGGGUGCUGGAUAGGGAUGUGUUUAUAUAUAGUUUAGGUUUUGUUUGUCCAGUGUACGUAUCUUAUUAGGGCAUCCUCUCGUCCUGCUUUGCUUUUAAGGUUUUUUUACACACAUGCAGAGGCACUGAAGUGGCCAUGUCUUCUUCAUGUGUCAAGAAUGUAGACAGUGUUUCAGAACCAAAGUCUAAGAUAAAUAAAGCAAACUCAAAUAAUGAGCUUUUUAUAGGUGAUCUAUUUGGAGCCUUCUCAACUUUAAAACUGUUUAGCACAGUUCUGUGGUGUUAUAUACAAAGACUUACCUAUCUACCCACACCAGCUACAUCUUGCGAAGCUUUGUGAACCCGCUGGCCUCUCAGCCAUAGUCAGCCAUGAGAGCUGUUUCGUAGCUCCAGGUACUUUUUAAGCCUGUGAUCAAUUUCUCAUGGUUUGAAAGCCACUUUUGAGGAGUGUUUGUCAAAAGACUUAGAAAGCACCCUGAAAUACAUUUGGAUUCAACUCAUGUAGUAAACACCCCUGCCCCCAGAGGGCUCUUCUGAGUGGCCAAGCGGGUAAUUCACAGAAGUGUGGGGAGUGGGGAGUGUAAGAGAUCAGAAGUGACUUUUCUCUCAUUAGCUGCUGAUCUCAGACUUCUUGGUAUAGAAAACAGUGUUAAACCAUCACCCUACAGGUCAGCGGGGUCCUCUGACUGGCCUCCGGGGACUCUAAGUGAUGUGAUGGGUUCAUUUUGGACUAGCUAAAUAAAUAGGGAACACAUCCUAUUUAUUUGUCUUAAUGGCUAGCUAGAAACAAGGACGCGUUCACACCCUCCUCAGCCUGGGAGGCCUAAUGUGGGAAUUUCAGGAUGGAAAGUGCAAUUUGAAGCUUCACAGGAAAGUAUUUGCAUACAUAGGGGUUAUAUCCACCCAGAGCCCUGGUUCCGCAAUAACCCAAAUCAAGGGAAAACAGUCAGGCUCCGGGGAAAUAAGCAACCUUUAGACAAUCUGCAGCAAAGUUGGAGUAAAUGUGACUAUCAAGGUAAUAGAAGUGACUUCUACUUUCUGGGAUGUCCCAGAAUUGUCUUAAAAUUACUAUUUUUUUAAAUUUUGAAGCCCGGUUUCAAAUCUUGCCAACUUCUCUAAAACCCCCUAAGAGAUCACUCUUAGAAUUGUCAAUGCACUACAUGGCGACUCCGUGUGCAUUAAGAGAAAAUAUCCAAAAUAGGAUUGAGCCCUGUUGCCUUGAGAAAACAGCCUUGGCAUUUUCUGGCAUUAAUGUAAAGAUAAUGUUCCUAGGAUGACAUAUUUUCAAAGAAACACUUUCUUAUUUACUGCGUGGUGUAAAGUGUUGUUGAAUGUGUUGUUACAUUAUGUCACUGCUGAAAGUUAUUUGCACUAUAAUAAAGGAAUUUUCUACAA